AUGGCUCGGAGGGCCGCGUCCUCGCUCGUCUCCCGCUGCCUCUUGGCCAGGGCCUCUGCCCCUGCCGCCGCGCCACCCGCUGUCCCCUCUGCGCUGCGCAGGCCAGUGCCUGCAGAUGGGAUGCGCGGACUGUUGCCAGGCAUCCUUCAGAGGUUCAGCACUGCAGCAGCAGUAGAGGAGCCCAUCACGCCCUCAGUCCAAGUGAACUACACAAAGCUCCUCAUUAAUGGCAACUUUGUUGAUUCUGCAUCCGGCAAGACCUUCCCCACUCUGGACCCUCGUACAGGGGAGGUGAUUGCUCAUGUGGCUGAGGGUGACGCAGAGGACAUUAACCGUGCUGUAGCUGCGGCCCGCAAGGCUUUUGAUGAAGGGCCAUGGCCGAAGAUGACUGCCUAUGAGAGGUCCCGUAUCCUACUGCGGUUUGCUGAUUUGAUAGAGAAGCACAAUGACGAGCUUGCUGCUUUGGAGACAUGGGACAACGGGAAGCCAUAUGAGCAAGCAGCCCAGAUUGAAGUGCCCAUGGUGGCCCGUCUUAUGCGUUACUAUGCUGGUUGGGCUGAUAAGAUCCAUGGGCUCGUUGUGCCGGCUGAUGGCCCACACCAUGUACAGAUCUUGCAUGAGCCAAUUGGUGUUGCAGGUCAGAUCAUCCCAUGGAACUUUCCUCUUCUGAUGUUUGCCUGGAAAGUUGGCCCUGCUUUGGCAUGUGGAAAUACUCUCGUGCUCAAGACUGCUGAACAAACUCCUCUGUCGGCUUUGUAUAUCUCCAAACUGUUGCAUGAGGCUGGACUACCUGAGGGUGUUGUGAAUGUCGUUUCUGGUUUUGGCCCUACUGCUGGUGCUGCUCUUCCUAGUCACAUGGAUGUUGAUAAGGUUGCAUUUACUGGAUCUACCGAUACUGGCAAAAUUAUUCUUGAGUUGGCUGCAAAGAGCAACCUUAAGUCAGUGACACUGGAGUUAGGAGGCAAGUCUCCUUUUAUCAUCAUGGACGAUGCUGAUGUUGACCAUGCUGUUGAGCUUGCGCACUUUGCCCUGUUCUUUAACCAGGGACAAUGCUGUUGUGCUGGAUCUCGCACAUUUGUACAUGAGCGUAUUUAUGAUGAGUUUGUGGAGAAGGCCAAGGCUCGUGCAUUGAAGCGUGUCGUUGGUGAUCCAUUCAGGAAAGGUGUUGAACAGGGCCCGCAGAUUGACGACGAACAAUUCAACAAGAUCUUGCGCUAUAUUAGGUCUGGUGUUGACAGUGGAGCUAACCUUGUGACGGGUGGUGAUAGGUUGGGUGACAAAGGUUACUACAUCCAGCCAACGAUUUUCUCAGAUGUCCAGGAUGGCAUGAAGAUUGCUCAGGAGGAGAUAUUUGGGCCUGUUCAGUCAAUCCUCAAGUUCAAAGAUCUCAAUGAGGUUAUCAAGAGGGCAAAUGCGAGCCAGUAUGGAUUGGCCGCUGGCGUGUUCACCAAUAGCUUGGACACGGCCAACACCCUGACACGUGCGCUCAGGGUCGGAACCGUCUGGGUGAACUGCUUCGACAUCUUCGAUGCUGCAAUUCCCUUUGGUGGGUACAAGAUGAGCGGCAUUGGGAGGGAGAAGGGCAUUGACAGCCUGAAGAACUACCUGCAAGUGAAGGCAGUCGUCACCCCUAUCAAGAACGCCGCGUGGUUGUAG